UCGUUUUCCCUCCCAGCCGGGCUGUGCCGCAUUAGCUCUUGGCUACGGAUCGGACCCGCUAAGAGGAGUAGCUGCGUCGCCACAUCCAGCACCAUGGCUACCCCCGCGACGCUUUUUCAUGAUAACAGCAGUCACAUGGACCCCUUCACCUAUGACUAUGACACGCUGCGCAUGGUGGGUCUGAUCUUUGCCAUCAUCAUGUUUGUGCUGGGAAUCUUGAUAGCACUGAGUAGAAAGUUCAAGUGCAGAAAAUCUGACCCCAGCCUGUCGGACCACAGGGCAGCAGGCAAGACUCCCACUCCAGCCGGCAAUGUGUAGGUGCCAUGCCAAAGCUGUGCUGCUCCCAACUGUCUGGGGGAUGAACUGCACCCAGGAACAUUUCUCCUGAGACCUUGGCACCUUAGCACCAACUGCCCGGGAGGGGGAGGGGCUCUCCUAUCCUUGACAAGGGAGGGGCAAUUUUAUAACCAGUUAGCUCUUGCGCUUCCAUUGCAUGAUGGGGGCAGGCACCUGAGUGGGGUUGGGGUGCCACACAGGCCAUGAGGUAGUGCGGUCCCUCUGCCUGUCAGUUUUAGCUGGCAUCCACCCUGCUGAAGUCUGGUUCCUAUAACCCCCCACCAAAAAGCUCCCUUUAAAUUGCAAUAACUCUGCCUGAUGCCACCCUCUGGGAAAUAUCCGCUGCCCCCCCCAAAAAUGCUCCCUUGCUGCUGGGCAUUAUAACUCUCCAUCGCUGCUGCUGCUGCUUCUUUCUGUGCAUCCUGCUGUGCUGUGAAAAAGUCCCAUGACCACGAUAGCCACAAGAGGAACUGGGACUCUCCUGAGAGCCAUCCUGCCUGUGUGCUGGAAACCAGGGUCCUCUUUUUAUGAGGAGGGGGAAGGGGUGUUUGGUCACCUGCGGAGCCAAGAAUGGGACCAGCCUGGGACUAAUCAUGAGCCAGGGAGGGCUUGCUUUGGUGGCAUACUCUCCUCUUCCCCAAGGGGGCGCUGCCCACAGCUCCUCCUUGCUGUACCAUCCACAUCUCCGUGUCUCUCAUCCACGCAUUGAGCAAACUUCAACCAGUCAA